AUGGCGACCAAAGCAGUCAUUCCCAUCCUGGUUGGGAUGAUGUUACUGACCGGCUGUGCCAAUACAAUCCUGACCAAGUAUCAAGACCAGCAAUGCGUACGCGAUUGUGAUGAUAACCCUAAGACCUUCGAACAGCCUGUUAUCCAGACCGUACAAAUGUUCAUCGGUGAGAUGGGCAGCUGGCUUGUGAUAUUAGGCUUCUACUUAUACCGAUUCUUCAUCCUGUCUACCCGCGAAGCUCCUCUGCUCUAUCAGCCCGUGAACACCGACGAACCAGAAGAAGACGACGAUGUUACCGUACGACCGACCUCAAGAAACGCCCCGAGUCCCGCGUUGAAGCCUCUCAUACCAAAUGCCGACGAUCGAGCUCCACUGGAGGGCUGGAAACUGGCACUACUCAGUCUCCCAUCUUGCUGUGACAUUGCAGGAACCACUCUGAUGAACGUUGGUCUGCUAUUUGUGGCGGCUUCAAUAUACCAAAUGACAAGAGGCGCUCUAGUGCUCUUUGUUGGUCUCUUUAGUGUAGUGUUUCUCAAGAGAAGGCUCUAUGCCUAUCACUGGCUGUCCCUUGUGAUUGUGGUGGCUGGUGUCGCCUUGGUUGGCCUGGCUGGCGUCAUCUCAUCUGGCAACAGGCAGCCAUCGCCUCCACAGGAUCCUCAGGAGACACUGCUUGGUGUGCGUCUUUGGGUGCGGUCUGUGGUUGCUGAGGCCGCUAGCACAGAAGUCCUCAAGACCCUUGUUGGCAUUCUUCUGAUCGCUUUCGCUCAAAUCUUCACCGCAACCCAAUUCUGCCUGGAAGAAUGGAUUCUGGAAAACUACGCACUCGAGCCGCUGAAAGUAGUCGCUUGGGAAGGACUGUUUGGCUUUGUGGUCACGAUCUUGGUGCAGGUAAUCUUACACUUCAGCAUCGGAAUUACAAAAAAUGGGAGGUAUGGGUACUUCGACGCCGAGGAAGGUUAUCGACAAGUGUUCACCAACAGAGCAAUUGGAAUCUCAAGUCUUGCUAUUAUGGUGUCGAUUGGUGGCUUCAACUUCUUUGGACUGUCCGUGACGAGAAGUAUUUCUGCAACAUCCCGCUCCAUCAUCGAUACAUGCCGCACUCUUUUCAUAUGGCUUGUUUCCCUUGGGUUGGGUUGGGAAUCAUUCAAGUGGCUUCAAGUCGCUGGAUUUGCUCUCCUUGUUUAUGGUACCUUCAUGUUCAACGACCUUGUGAGACCACCCAUCCGAGCUCUACUUCCCAGAAGGGGGGAGGAGGAGCCCUCGGAGCACACUCAUUUGCUCCCAGAAGAGCCAAUCGAACAUAUAUAG